AGAGCAUGCGCAGUAGAGCCACCACAGUGUGCAUACCCGUGGUGCUGCUGUGUCUGGCGUUCCUGGUAUGGGCUCCUCGCUGCCACUGCUGACCCUGCUAUCACUCCUGUCUGGCCCGUGGAUCAAGCUAGGCAAUGGGCAGGUGACUGGCAUGGUUCAGCUAUCAGGUGGGAGAUUCCAGAUGGGAACAAAUUCACCAGACGGCAGAGAUGGUGAAGGGCCUGUGCGGGAAGUGACAGUAAAACCCUUUGCCAUUGACAUACUUCCUGUUACCAACAAAGAUUUCAGGGAGUUUGUCAGAGAGAACAAGUACAGGACAGAGGCUGAGAUAUUUGGGUGGAGCUUCGUCUUUGAGGACUUUGUCUCUGAUGAGCUUAGAAACAAAGCGACUCAGCAAAUGAAGUCUGUUCUCUGGUGGCUUCCCGUGGAAAGGGCUUUCUGGAGGCAGCCUGCAGGUCCCGGCUCUGGCAUCCGAGAGAGACUGGAGCUCCCAGUGGUACACGUGAGCUGGAAUGAUGCUCGUGCCUACUGCGCUUGGCAGGGGAAACGGCUGCCCACUGAGGAAGAAUGGGAGUUCGCUGCCCGAGGGGGCUUGGAGGGUCAGGUUUACCCAUGGGGAAACCAGUUCCAGCCAGGCCGCUCCAAUCUGUGGCAGGGAAAGUUCCCCAAGGGUGACAAGGCUGAGGACGGCUUCCACGGACUCUCCCCAGUGAAUGCUUUCCCCCCACAGAAUAACUAUGGGCUCUACGACCUCAUGGGCAACGUGUGGGAGUGGACAGCUUCCCCAUACCAGGGUGCUGGUCAGGACAUGCGUGUCCUCCGAGGGGCAUCCUGGAUCGACACAUCUGAUGGCUCUGCCAAUCACCGGGCCCGUGUCACCACCAGGAUGGGCAACACUCCAGAUUCAGCCUCAGACAACCUGGGCUUCCGCUGUGCUUCCAGUGUAGGUCGACUGCCUGGGGAGCUGUGAGCAGCCGUGUAGAGCCAAGGAGAAGAGUCCUCCAUGGUACCCAUGCUACUCCCUGGUGACAUUCCAAACAGCCAAACUCCAGGCUCUUCAACUUCAGCUUCAGGAAUGACCUCCUUCCCCUUCCUCCAGCCUUCUGUGACAGCACCUCUCACCAGGCAGGCGAGGCCUCUGACUGCAGAGGAGGGCUGCCACUGUCUCUUGAGGAAAGGGCCCAACUUACUGAUGAUGGCCGGGAGCUGGGUGUUUCUCUUAGGGGCCAACUAGUUACCCUAUACGAGCCAAGUACUCAGAUAAUUGGGGCAGAGUGCUCUGAAAGGCAGUUCGGUAAAAGAGUUUAAAUCUGUUCCCUCCCCCUUUCUCCGUGUCUCACUCAGGGAUCUGACAUUGUUUUCUCAAGGCAGAAUUUCCCUGGUUCUCUUUAUUUUCCCAGCAAAUUGCUGUAGAAAGAAAAUGCUUCCUUUGUUUGCCUCAUUUAUAGUGUUUCACAUGCCUCUAAAGGAACCUAAUUUCCACUCUCUGUAUGUAAAAUGCAGCAGCGUGGGCUCUUUAAAGCACAAUGUCAGUCUCAAGGGUCUAUGAGAACCGAAUAUUUGCCAGGCGAAAGUGCAUCGUGGGAGUAACAGAAUAAAUAAUACUCCAGAAAGACAGAUAUCAGAAGCUUCCCUUUGUAUUGUUGAUUAUGUCAGGGCUGCCUCAUGCCUCUCCCCUGAGAGGAACCUGCUCCCGGGUGUCACUGGACGUAGUGAGGUCAGAAAACUCUGCUGUGAUUGUAUAUCUAACAGUUAUCGGUCUCAUUUAUCCUCACCCUGAGACCCCACGGGAAAUACAUACAAGUGUCAGUAACACUGAGUCUCCAUGAGGAGAAACUGAGAUGGUGGCACAACUGGGAAGAGGAGAAGCAGGAAGGCUGGGGGGAGGAUCACAUCUAGUGCUCUCCUCUGUGGACCUGGCCCCGACUGCAUUUACCACGGUGUGAUGGGAGUGCUCUAAUCUUCCUGUGCAGAGCCUCUGCGAGGGACAGUGGCCCAAUUCCAGGGGUCCUAGCAGGACCAGGUGCCCCUCUGGACAGGGGCCGGCACACAAGCUCAUUCCUUUGGCUAAUGUUUCUGUGACACCCCUCCCUAGCAUAG